CAUUUGUGCCACUCCUUCUGCUGCUUUCUUUGAGUUCUCUGUUACUUACCAUUCUAUUCGAGUCUCAGAACAGAGACUAGAAAAACACAAGAACAAAGGAAGAUGACGACGCGUAUAGCGCUUUUCUAACCCUUCUUUUUUGAUAUCCUUCCCUCGAUUUCCCGGCAACCCAAAAUCCAAACCCUAGUUUUUUUUUAAACCUUCUAGCGGGAUUCCAGAGCUCCGUUGUUCUCAUCCGAGUUCCGGCAAUGGCAUUCUGGUGGCCAUUACUCGUCCUCGGCAUCGCCUUCGCGGUCUGCCGGUUCUUGCUCAUGCUCAUCCCCCCCAACGUCCCUUCCAUCGAAGUCGACGCCUCCGAUGUGUUGGAAGAUGGGAGCCAGAGCAAGGACAACAGCUAUAUUUAUAUACCACGGAAGGGAAAAAUGGCGCAGACUGACAAGGUGCAGUGCUAUGAGCCGGCAACGAUGAAGUACCUGGGGUAUUUUCCGGCACUGACACCUGAUGAGGUUAAGGAGCAUGUGGCACAAGCCAGAAAAGCACAAAAGAUAUGGGCAGAGAGUAGCUUCAAGCAAAGACGUCAGUUUCUGCGAAUCCUUCUGAAAUACAUCAUUGAGCACCAGGAGCUUAUAUGCGAGAUAUCUUCUCGGGAUACAGGAAAAACAAUGGUGGAUGCUUCGUUGGGAGAGAUUAUGACAACAUGUGAGAAGAUCACUUGGCUUUUAGCAGAGGGUGAGAAGUGGCUAAAGCCUGAAUACAGAUCUUCUGGAAGAUCGAUGUUACACAAGAGAGCAAAGGUGGAAUUUUAUCCUCUAGGAGUGAUUGGGGCAAUUGUUUCCUGGAAUUAUCCCUUUCACAAUGUUUUCAACCCAAUGCUGGCUGCAGUCUUUUCAGGAAAUGCUGCAGUUAUAAAGGUUUCAGAGCAUGCAAGUUGGUCUGGGUGCUUUUACUUUCGAAUCAUUCAAGCAGCUCUUGCUGCUGUAGGAGCACCAGAUAAUUUGGUUCAUCUAUUAACAGGAUUUGCAGAAACAGGACAGGCUCUUGUAUCUUCAGUUGACAAAAUCAUUUUUGUUGGAUCACCUGGAGUGGGCAAAAUGAUCAUGCAAAAGGCUGCAGAGACCUUGAUACCUGUCACCCUGGAGCUUGGUGGAAAAGAUGCAUUUAUUGUGUGCGAGGAUGUAGAUGUGCCUCAUGUUGUGCAAGUUGCAAUUAGAGGUGCUCUCCAAUCUAGUGGACAGAACUGUGCUGGUGCUGAAAGAUUCUAUGUCCACAGAGACAUCCAUUCUACUUUUGUUGCUCAAAUAGUCAACCUUGUUAAAUCCAUUUCCGUUGGUCCACCAUUAUCUGGCAGAUAUGACAUGGGUGCAAUAUGUAUGCAAGAACAUGCUGAAAAACUUCAAAAUCUCGUGAAUGAUGCACUGGAGAAAGGAGCUGAAAUUGUUGGCAGGGGAAGCUUUGGCAGUUUGGGAGAAGAUGCAGUUGAUCAGUUCUUUCCUCCAACUGUUCUGGUGAAUGUUGAUCACUCCAUGAGAUUGAUGCAAGAGGAGGCUUUUGGACCAAUCAUCCCAAUCAUGAAAUUCAGUUCUGAUGAAGAGGCAAUUAAACUUGCAAACGACUCGAAAUAUGGACUUGGUUGUGCUGUGUUUUCUAGCAACCAGAAGCGUGCCAUUGAAAUAGCUUCCCAGUUGCAUUGCGGAGUUGCAGCAAUCAAUGAUUUUGCAUCAACAUAUAUGUGUCAGUCUUUGCCUUUUGGUGGUGUAAAGCACAGCGGCUUUGGAAGAUUUGCGGGUGUGGAAGGGUUGCGAGCUUGUUGUCUUGUUAAGUCGGUCGUUGAGGAUAAAUGGUGGCCGUACAUUAAGACAAAGAUCCCGAAGCCCAUCCAGUAUCCUGUUGCGGAGAAUGGCUUCGAGUUUCAGGAAUCACUUGUUGAAGCUCUUUAUGGCUCGAAUGUAUGGGACAGGCUGCGGUCACUAGUUAAUGUGUUGAAGAUCCUUUCAGAGCAGAACUCUACUUCUAGGAUUCGGAAGAAAGGGCAGUGAGAAGAUCAACAAAAUUUGUAUGAUUUGCUUCUACUUAUUUUGUGGAUUUGCUUCCAAAGAUCUUUGAAUCCUUAAUCGCACUCUCUGCUGAGCUUUGAACAUCUUUUUUGACCUGUUUUGAGGUAGAUGGGAUUGACUCACACCUAUAUGUUGCAUUGCUUUCCGACCACCUACCAGAAUCCGUCAUGUUUCUACUGAACACCUAGAUCUCAUAUAGGUUCAUCAACUUGAACUGAAUGGGAAGGACGUGGCUAAUUUGGGAUACGGUUCUUCCACCGACACUCGGCAACCUUAACCUUAUUAGAGUAUUUGCUAUUUUGUAAGAGUGCUCUGCACUUGCUUGCAUCUCUGGUUAAGGUGAACAUCGUUCUCAGAAGUUUAGAUGAUCUGGUCAUCUGGCUUGGAUGAAAAGAAAGAUCUAACUCAUGUACAACCAAUCAACUGACAUACGAAUUGGUCAGUUUGCAUUGUUCUGUCCUGUUGCUUAGUCUGCGCGGCAUGGCAUUUGUAUUUUUUUUUUAAAAGAGCGUACUGAUAAAUUUUGGUCCAUUUUACUCCACCAAGCAUUCGGAAUGUUGCAUAAAUAUAUAUUAGCAGUCAUUGUUAUAGUGACACUGAAUAGUGAUGGAAACAAUCACUCUCCCAUGUUUGCAA